CCUUCCUCCUCCUCCUCAUUCUUCCUCCUCCCUGUUUCUGUCCGUCCCGCUCUGCUCAGCAGAGGCGACGCGCAAUGGAACAGAGCUCAUCCCGAGUGGCGGAGUCAGUCUGAAACGGGACGUCAGACAGUUCAACUGUGGAUGCUGCAGCACAGGAAAUGCCGUUUGUUUCUCUUGUUAGCCAUUGAGCGAUUUGACUUCUCCGGGGAUCUCCUGUUUAUCUGACCACCGGGCGUGAGAGGCAGAAAAGUCCGUGGAAUAAGUGAAGCUGCGGGACAUCUCUAGUGCGCCGGGAUGCUCGGGAUGAGUCAUUUCACUUUGACAACAGCGGCAGUUGUUGUGCUGCUGCCGUGUGUGCUGUCCUUCAACGUGGACCAGAAAAAUGGCUUGUCAUUCAGUGGUCCACUGGAGGACAUGUUUGGCUACACUGUCCAGCAGUUUGAGAACAGCGAGGGGAAAUGGGUUCUGAUUGGAUCGCCGCUGUCGGGCCAACCAUCCAAACGGACAGGAGAUGUCUACAAGUGUCCUGUGGGGAGGGGGGACAACACGUGUGUCAAACUGGAUCUGCCUAAAAACACAACGGUUCCCAACUUACAUGAAGUCAAGGAGAACAUGACCAUGGGAACCACGCUGGUGACCAAUCCCAACGGGGGAUUUCUGGCCUGUGGUCCUCAGUAUGGCUACAUGUGCGGCCGGCAGCAGUACAUCUCAGGAGUGUGUGCGAAUGUCAGCGAAUCCUUCCAGAUCCUCAACUCUGUGGCACCGGCCGUGCAAGACUGUGCGAAAGAGCUGGACAUUGUGAUCGUUCUGGAUGGAUCUAACAGUAUCUACCCCUGGAAAAGUAUCAUCGAGUUUCUGCGACGUUUCAUCGAGAACAUUGAGAUCGGACCUAAACUCUCACAGGUGGGGAUAGUGUCCUAUGGUGAGACUGUGACUCACCGCGUCAACCUGAGCCAGUUCGACAACACUCAUAAUCUGCUGGAAUUUGUUAAAGAACUUCCUCAGCAGACCGGCUUCAAGACCAUGACUUUCAUGGGCAUCGAUACUGCCAGGAAAGAGGCCUUCAUGCCGGAGCGCGGUGCACGACCUGGGGUGAAGAAAGUCAUGGUGAUUGUGACUGACGGAGAGUCACAUGACUCCCACAAUCUGGGCAAGGUCAUGGGAGACUGCGACGACGAUGACAUCGAGAGGUUUGGCAUUGCUGUUUUAGGAGACUACAAUCGUCAGAACAAAAGUGCAGAAGAAGUGCAGAAGUUCAUUAAGGAGAUUGCGUCCAUCUCCAGUAAGCCGUUGGCAGACCACUUCUUCAACGUGUCCGACGAGGUGGCCUUGUUGACCAUUGUGGACGCUUUGGGAAGCAAGAUUUUUGCUUUGGAAGCUACAACCGGCAAUUUCACCUCCUCCUUUGAGAUGGAGAUGUCCCAAGCUGGGUUCAGUGCACAUUCUUCCAAAGACGGCCUGAUGCUGGGAGCAGUGGGAGCGUUUGACUGGAACGGGACAGUGGUCAUGCAUACUGCUGGAGGAACGAUCAUUCCGGGGAAGACCGAGUUCUACGACCCAGAGACUGAGGCCGGGUACGAAGGACUCGCUGGGUACCUCGGCUAUGAUGUUCAGUCAGCCUCCACCCCUGAUGGAGUGCUGUACAUCACAGGGGCACCGCGGUACAACCACACAGGCCGGGUUGUUAUCUAUCGUCUGAAUGAAAAGAACAACAUCAUCGUCUCACAGAUACUGAAAGGACAACAGAUUGGUUCCUACUUUGGCAGCGUCCUGCAGACUGUCGACGUGGAUGGAGAUUCCUACACGGAUCUCCUCUUGGUCGGAGCUCCAAUGUAUAUGGGCACGGAAAGAGACGAGCAGGGACAAGUCUACGUCUACAAACUCGACCAGGACGGCCAGUUUAAGCACGAGUUCACUUUAAAGCCUGUCAAUCAGUCCUGUUGUACUUCCCACUCUGCCAGCUGCACCAAUAAGAAUGAACCAUGCGGUGCCCGCUUUGGUACGGCCAUUGCUGCAGUAUCAGACCUCAACCUGGACGGGUUUAACGACGUGGCCAUCGGUGCACCUUUUGAGAACGACCACCGAGGGGCCGUCUACAUCUAUCAUGGAGAUAAGACGUCACUGAAAGAGAAAUUCGUACAGCAUAUCCCUGCAGGUGGGGACGGUAAAAAGGUGAAAUUCUUUGGUCAGUCCAUACACGGAGUCAUGGAUCUUAAUGGCGAUGGAAUCACUGAUGUUACCAUAGGAGGUCUGGGAGGGGCUUCACUAUUCUGGUCCAGAGAUGUUGCAGAGCUCCGUGCCAACAUGACUUUUGACCCUGUUAAAAUCAACCUGCAGCAGACUCAUUAUCAGUGUGAGCGUGGCACAUGCAAAUCUGUGUGUGUGACGACGGAGGUGUGUUUUGUCUACGGCAUCAAAUCUGACAAGCAGGACUUAAACGCUACUGCUGACAUCCGCUACGAUCUGUUUUUGGACGCUCUGCGUCCGAAAGCCAGGGCUUCAUUUAUUGACUCGGAAGAUAAAAGUGAUCGCAGGAUUACCAGGAACCUCACCAUCAAAGACAAAGAGAGAAAAUGUGUGAACGAAACCUUCAUCAUGUCGGCCCGGCUGGACUUCCGAGACCCUCUCAUGGUGUCUUUGGAGUUUGGACUUGCUGAUGAAGACCAAGGCCCCGUUCUGGAUGAAAACCUUCCCAGAUCCAUCAAUAAGACAAUUCCUCUAGUUGACUGUGGAAGCGAUGAGAAGUGCAUUGCUGACCUCUCUCUCAAAGCAGAGCCUAGUGUCAAAAGAAUGGUGAUCAAAGCCAACAAAGACAAGAUUGAUGUGAACAUCAACAUUAGAAACAGCAAGGACAAUGCGUACAACACUAAAGUUAUCCUCAGCUUCACACCGAACAUCAACUAUGUUAAAGUAGAGACAGAGAAAGAAUGCACUCUGAAUCACACAAAUGUGGAGUGUGCUGUUGGAUACCCCUUCUUGGGAAGUAAUGUAGAGGAAAACUUCAAAGUGAAAUUUGAGGUAAAUCCCAAACAUAUCCAGGAGGUAAUUCAGAUCAAUGUGACAGCUACAAGUGACAGUGAAGAGCUGGCUUCAACAAUGCAUGACAACACGGUGCAAAUCUCCAUCCCUGUGAAAUAUGAAGCUGGCCUGAUAUUCUCCGUGCGGCCUGGGGAUGAACACAUCAUUGUAAAAGAGGGUGAACAGUAUUCUACUGUAUUCAAUGACACCAGCGUGAUCGGAGAGGAGGUCAACAUCAGCUACACGGUGGAGAAGUCAAGUGAUAUGGUGUCUCCACCAGUCGAGCUUACAGUGAUGUAUCCUCGCCUGUCUCCUCGGCAGAACAACUUACUGUACCUGACACACGUCACCACCAGCCCACAGGUGAAAUGUGACGCAGCACCUUGGAUCAACCCCAAGAAUAUUAACCCGGAAGUUAUAAAUCCAAAUCCAAAGAAAGAAACUCUCAGUGUCUUCCUGCUGAGCUGUGAAAACCUCGACUGCGCAUCAUUUAGCUGCUCCAUCCCCGAGGCUACGAUCAGUCAGGUCAACGUUACAUUCAGAGUGUGGAAACCCACGUUCAUCAAGGGCGAGUUCUCCAGUCUGUACAUGUUGGUGAACGCCACGCUGGGGAUCAAAAACACAAACCUGUUUCAACUGAGCAGUGACAGGACCAGAAGUGUGAAGAUCCAGGUUUCGAAGGAGACUUUAGGAGGAAUCCCUAUUUGGAUCAUCAUCAUCAGCAUCCUAAUAGGACUGCUGAUCUUAGCACUCGUCAUCUUCGCUCUCUGGAAGAUGGGCUUCUUCAAGAGAAAAUCCAGGGACUACUCAAAGGAGGAAAUGAUGGACUGAGAUAUCCAGACAUCCAGCAGCAAGCAGCUCCGUGACCAACCGCUUCCAGAACCGUCAGGUCGCACAAAGUGACAGGCAGACUUUUAAACAGACAGUCGGACAGACGGAGGAGAUGCCACAAGACCCACAGGCACCUCGGUGCUACGACUGCUUACCAUUCACUGUUUCCUGUGCAGGCCUGGCUCCAAUAAUGUUUGCAAAUACUUCCCAGCCCUUGUCCUUUGAUGCCUUGAGCACGAGGUUCCAAAACCGGGGCUUUUCAGACGGUCUCAUCCACAGAGAGUGCUGAGACAGACACUCUCUUAUAAUUGUAUAAAGUCAAUGCCACUCACUGUAUUUGUAGUAUUUGCAAACACUAUUUGCUCAAGAUCAGCUUUUUAUGUGGUGGGUAUACAGUAUACUCAAGCAGUUCAA